AUGCAGAGGCCAAAUUUGUCAAAGAUUUUCUUGCUCACUCUGUCUGUUUGUCUCUCUCUCUCUCUCUCUCUCUUUCUGCGUACGAAAUAUCAGGAAAGUAUCCUUCUCAAUAAACGCCACGGAAGAAAGGAAUAUAUUAAGAAAUAUUAUAUUAUUCCCUUACACAGAAAUUAUAUCUAUCUAUCUAUCUAUCUAUCUAUCUAUCUAUCUAUAUUUCUCACAGCAUCCAUCGCCCUUCUCCUGCCUCUUAUCGUGGAUGGAUCUUGCAAGAGAGAAUUUGAAGUUACAACCCAAUAUCUGUUUGUUGUGAGAACCCGUCGGCAUCAAAUUGAAUCAUACCUGCAUUUUCUCUUCUUUAGCUUAUGGCGUUUUAGGUUACUUCCUUCUUUUGUUACUUUCUUCUUAUCUAUCUAUCUAUCUAUGUAUCUAUCUAUCACCAUAGUAUUUUUCUUUCUUUCUUUCUUUCUUUCUUUCUUUCUUUCUUUCUUUCUUUCUUUUUGUUUAUGGUAUCUUUCUUUCUUUUUUUUCCUCUUUUCUUUCAAUAGAUUCAUUCUUUGUUUAUGGUAUCUAUCUAUCUAUCUAUCUAUCUAUCUAUCUAUCUAUAUAUCUAUCUAUGGAUCGAUUUUCAUGUUUUUUCUUUACGUCAUUCUUUCUUUCUUCCAAUUGCAAGUUUUUCUUUCGUUUCGUUCUUUUACUUACUUUUUAUUUACAUUUUUCUUUGUAUCUCUUUUUAUUUUUCUUUCUUUUUGCUUUUCUUUAUUUUUAGCCUGUUCCAUUUCUUCCUUUGUUGUAAUAACUUAA